GCGGGAGAACAAGAGGGGCUCCGGGGCCGUGCGUCGGGGUCCGGGAAACGCAGGCUGGAGCUCGGGACAGCCGUGGGGCUGAGCACCAGCAGGCACCAUGUGGAUCCAGGUUCGCACCAUGGAUGGGAAGGUGGCCCACACUGUGGACUCCUUGUCCAGGCUGACUAAAGUGGAAGAGCUGAGGAAGAAGAUCCAGGAGCUGUUCCAUGUGGAGCCAGGCCUGCAGAGGCUUUUCUACCGGGGCAAGCAGAUGGAGGACGGCCACACGCUGUUUGACUAUGACGUCCGCCUGAACGAUACCAUCCAGCUGCUGGUCCGGCAGAGCCUCGUGCUGCCCGCCCCCAGCGGCGGUGGCACCGGCGGUGGCAGCAAGGAGAGGGACUCUGAGCUCUCCGACACGGACUCUGGCUGCUGCCUGGCCCAGAGCGAGUCUGACAAGUCCUCCAACAGUGGCGAGGCCGCGGCCGAGCCGGAAGGGAAGGCCGACGAGGAUGAGUGGGAUGAGACGGAGCUGGGCCUCUACAAGGCUGGCGAGUACGUGGACGCGAGGGACACGAACAUGGGCGCGUGGUUUGAGGCCAAGGUCAUCAGGGUGACGAGGAAGGUGCCGGCCCAGGACGAGCCCUGCAGCUCCACCUCCAGCCCGAAGCUGGAGGACGAUAUCGUCUAUCACGUGAAAUAUGACGACUACCCGGAGAACGGAGUGGUACAGAUGAACUCACGGAACGUCCGGGCUCGCGCCCGACACAUCAUCAAAUGGCAGGACCUGGAGGUGGGCCAGAUGGUCAUGGUCAACUACAACCCUGACAACCCCAAGGAUCGCGGCUUCUGGUACGAUGCGGAGAUCCUGCGGAAACGUGAGACCCGGACGGUGCGGGAGCUGCACGCCAACGUCAGGAUCGGGGACGAUUCUCUCAACGACUGUCGGAUCAUCUUUGUGGACGAGGUUUUCAAGAUUGAGCGCCCUGGCGAGGGGAACCCCAUGGUGGAAAACCCGACAAGAAGGAAGAGCGGGCCCUCCUGCAAGCACUGCAAGGACGACGAGCGGAAGCCGUGCCGCAUGUGCGCCUGCCACCUGUGCGGGGGCAAGCAGGACCCCGACAAGCAGCUGCUGUGCGACGAGUGCGACAUGGCCUUCCACACGUACUGCCUGUGCCCGCCGCUCAGCAGCAUCCCCACCGAGGAGGAGUGGUACUGCCCUGAGUGCCGGAUCGACUCCAGCGAGGUGGUGCAGGCAGGCGAGAAGCUGAAGGAGAGUAAGAAGAAGGCGAAGAUGGCGUCGGCCACGUCGUCCUCUCAGCGGGACUGGGGCAAGGGCAUGGCGUGCGUGGGCCGCACCAAGGAGUGCACCAUCGUGCCGUCCAACCACUUUGGCCCCAUCCCGGGCAUCCCCGUGGGCACCAUGUGGAGGUUCAGAGUCCAGGUCAGCGAGUCUGGGGUCCAUCGACCUCAUGUGGCGGGCAUCCACGGCCGGAGCAAUGAUGGGGCGUACUCCCUGGUCCUGGCCGGAGGGUAUGAGGACGACGUGGACCACGGGAACUCGUUCACGUACACAGGUAGUGGUGGACGAGACCUUUCCGGUAACAAGCGGACUGCAGAGCAGUCUUGUGAUCAGAAACUCACCAACACCAACAGGGCGCUGGCUCUGAACUGCUUUGCCCCCAUCAACGACCUCAAAGGGGCCGAGGCCAAGGACUGGCGGUCGGGGAAGCCGGUCCGGGUGGUGCGGAACGUCAAGGGCCGCAAGCACAGCAAGUACGCCCCCAUCGAGGGCAACCGGUAUGACGGCAUCUACAAGGUCGUGAGGUACUGGCCCGAGAAGGGCAAGUCCGGCUUCCUGGUGUGGCGCUUCCUCCUGCGCAGGGAUGACGUCGAGCCGGGGCCCUGGACCAAGGAGGGGAAGGACCGGAUCAAGAAGCUGGGGCUGACCAUGCAGUACCCGGAAGGCUACCUGGAGGCCCUGGCCAGGAGGGAGAAGGAGAAGGAAAACAGCAAGACGGAAGCCCUGGAGAAGGAGGACGACGGGGAGGAGGACUUCGCGUCCCCCAGGAAGGGCAAGCGGAAAAGCAAGUCGGCUGGAGGCGACGGGUCCUCGCGAGGGGCACCCAAGAAGACCAAGGUGGAGCCCUACAGCCUCACCACCCAGCAGAGCAGCCUCAUCAAGGAGGACAAGAGCAACACAAAGCUGUGGACGGAGAUCCUGAAGUCACUCAAGGACGGGCCGAAAUUCCUAAGCAAAGUGGAGGAGGCGUUCCAGUGUAUUUGUUGCCAGGAGUUGGUGUACCGCCCGAUCACGACCGUGUGCCAGCACACCGUGUGCAAGGAUUGCCUGGACAGGUCCUUCCGGGCCCAGGUGUUCAGCUGCCCGGCCUGCCGCUAUGACCUGGGCCGGAGCUACACCAUGCACGUGAACCAGCCACUGCAGGCCGUCCUCAACCAGCUCUUCCCUGGCUACGGGAGCGGACGGUGAUCCUCAAGCACUUCUCGCCGUGUGUUUUUUUUAAAAAAACGUUA